AUUUAACAACGAUCGUUCAAUCGACAUUCUAUUGUUGACGACGCAUGUUGGAGGACUGGGAUUGAAUUUGACUGGUGCCGAUACGGUCAUCUUUGUAGAGCACGACUGGAACCCAAUGAAGGACUUACAAGUACGUAACCACCAACCUUUUGAACCUGUCCCCUCCCCCCUGUAUAUUCCGAUUUUCACCAACUUUGCUCAAGCUUUGUUUUUGGUAGAUGAGUUCAGUUGCCUUUUCUUGAUUGCCUCGAUCAUCUUUUUAGGCCAUGGACCGAGCUCAUCGUAUUGGACAGAAGAAGGUUGUAAACGUGUACAGAUUGAUUACACGGGGAACACUCGAGGAAAAGAUUAUGGGGUAGGUUUUAAAGCAGCACUAUUUGAAUCAUACAGCACAGUGCAAAUAGGUUUUUUUUACGUUACACUCUCGACGAGAAGCCUCCUUCUUUAAGCCAUUUAGAUAUCCUAAGAUAGGACUAACAUUAACGCUCGUAAAGUUUUUUCCGACAGUGGGUGACGCUUGAAAAGUCAGCUUCUCAAACGUUUUUCCACUUUUUUUUUUUUAAUGUAAGUGUCUCACUUGCCCAUUGACGCCGCGGUAAAAGUUUAUUUAUGAAGGAAUAAUGCUUAAUACACAAUAGUUCCACGAGCGCCCGUUGGAUAUGAGAUGACGGGCCUCGUCGGCGAUAAUCAUCUCAUAUCUAGCAAGGGCGAGUAGAUUGACCGUUAUAUCAAAAAUGGCUUAAACUAUAAAUAAAUAUUCCCAACUUUAUUUUGUAAGAAAAACGGAAUGUUACAAUGUAUAAAAACACUUCCGAUUUAACUCGUCUUCAUGCGCGCGCUUGAUGACUCAUAACUCAUGAUGGCUAAGCCAAUAAAAACUCUUAAAUUGCAUCAUCCAAUGAUCCAGUUUUUAAUAACAACUUGUCGUCAGCUUUCCAAUUUCCCCAAGGUGGAUAGAACAGUCAACACCUCUUUGGCGUCUGCCUUUGUUCUCAAACUUAUGAAAGACAUUCUCAUUGUCCUCUCGUUUCUAAACCUAAUUGUCAAGUUAUAACAUACUAUACACUUAGAUAUUUUAUAAAUUGAGUCUUCAAUUCGGACAUUUUUGUUCUGUUAGACUCCAGAAGUUUAAACUGAACAUCGCCAACACAGUGAUCUCGCAAGACAACUCAAGCCUAUUGACCAUGGAUACUGGACAACUCCUGGAUCUCUUUUCAGUCGACCAAGAAAAGAAGAGAGAAAAACCAAGCGCACAACAGUCGAAUGCAACUGGGAAGACUUCGCUCAAAACUAUGAUUGAAAAUUUGGGAGAGCUAUGGGACGAGGAACAGUAUGAAACAGAAUACAAUUUGGACAACUUCAUUGGUUCGCUGAAGUGAAAAAUAGUAUGCGUCAUUUUGGGAUAGAUGAUCGUCAGUGUAACAACCUGGCCUUAUGUCUGUGUUGGUAGAAGCGAAGUUGUUCUGGUCAUUGAAGUUUACCUUGGAGCAGCCAUAACGAUUCAAAAAGGAGAACCGAGGUUAAUCGAAAGGUUAAACACCUUCUUGGGUCGUUGCCCCGCAUUUUGCGAAAGGAAGUUGGAAAUUAAAACAUUGCUUAGGAAGUUUCUUCAACAGUUUAUGAAGUGACAAAGAAAACAAGUAAGGAAACAGACAACCAAAACAAAUUUUGAUUUGACAUUCUCAAAUUAAAAAUGCCUCAGAAAAUUGACGAUGAUGUAAACAUUUUGUAAGUAAUAGGCUGGAUUUCAUAAAGUUAGCUCGCGUUUGCAUAUUAGUAAAAUAACAAGAACAAAUUCAGAGUAAUGUGAACGUAGCUAACGUAUAUUCGGGCAUUUGACGUCGGGCUCCAGGAGAGACACUUUCCUUUGUUAGUGAUUCAGAUCAAAUUCCUGUUUGCGAAACGAAAAAUUUUGGUGAUGUCAAUUAGGCAUUAGGUGAAAUAAGGGUUUUCACUUUGUUAUAGCUGUAUUGUUUUGUUCUUUUUUCCGUUAUGUUAAAGCUAGGAGAGGGAGAGGACUGUUGGUGGGUUUUAUUAAUAGACCAGUCAUCACAGUUCUCCUGAACAGUGAACAAAAUCAAGAACCUCUUUUUUGUGAUAAGUACCCGAUGUAUACGUGUGAAUCUUCAGUAAGAAUGACUACAAUCUAAACAUUCGUAUCCCAAGUUCAAAAAGUCCUACUCGAUUAGGAAUAAAAGACUCGAAUCCCAGUUAAACGAUGAAUAGACCCGG